AAAGUUUGAGUUUAAAGAGUUUCAAGGAUCCAAAACCUCUUGAUCAUUCAAAAAGUAUAUAAACUGUGGGAUAUAUUAAAACUAUUGUUUACUCGAGUAAAGUUUUGUGUUGGAUAUGUAAAAACAUUACCACUAAACCUACUCCAAUAUCAUUCCUCAUUUUGGACUUUUUCUAUUGAUUAGCGGAAAAGUUAUUAAAAAAAACUGAUUAUUUGAAUAUUAAACAAGUUGGAUUUGCUGAGAGGGAAAGAAUUAGAAAAUGGGUCCCACGAUCUCUCAACUUCCCCUCCCGCCACCAUUCGGUCCACGCUUAUUAGCGUUUACAUAGUCUCCCAUAUUCUUCUUCCCCUCAACCUGUUGACUCCGUCUCUGAUCUUGAAAACAUGGCUCGGAGGAGGUGGGAGGGGUCGGAUAAUGUCGGCUCGGCUAAUUCUUCACCUGCGAUGUCUCCUUCUCAUCGUAUGACCAACAACGGAGGAGGAAUCUCUGGUAGAAGCACGCUCCGGAAGCAAAACGCCGCCGAGCUACUCGCUAAAGUCAUGGAGCAGCGUGACUACGACUAUGAUUACGGCGACGAAGAAGAAGAUCUGUACCAGGUGCAUCUUCCUCCUCUCUCUCGGGAUCGAAAGCGAGAUGAUAAGCGAGUCGGCAAGGGAACCGUCAGAGGUAAACCGGCUCCGCCGAAGAGACCGGUCUUAAUCCCGCCUAAGUUUGACGACGAAUCCGACGGCGAUGAACCGGUGAAGAUUCCUCAAAAGAACGUUAGAGUUCCGGUAACAAAAGCUCCGGCGGUUAAAUUUGACGAUGAAUCCGACGGUGAUGAACCGGUGAAGAUUCCUCAAAAGAACGUUAGAGUUUCGGCGGUUAGACCCGUACUACUCCCGCCUAAAUUUGACGAUGAAUCCGACGGUGACGAAGUCGCAGCCGAUUUGCCACGGAAUCGAGUGAAGAUUCCUGAAGAGAAUGCUAGUGUUCAGAAAGAAGCUCCGGCGGGGAAACUGAAAGUGUUAUCUCCGCCUAAGUUCGACGGAGACGAGAUCACAGCCAAUGAGGUCAAGAAUCAAGUGGAGGAGAUUCCUCAAAAGAACGCUAGUCCUGCACUCAGGGUUAGAGUUCCGGCGUAUUCGCGUCGGAAUCCGAUGGAGGAUUCUGAGCAGAACGGCGACAGGAAAGUCAAUGUUCAGUUUGACGUGCCGGCGGCGAAACAAUCGGAGGCUCAGUUAAAGUAUAAGAAAAGUUUCAGGUUUAGCUCUGCAGAGACUUUUGCACCGUAUCAGGAGGAAGAUGAUCGAGAAGCUUCGGCCUUGCGUGAUGAAUUAGAUAUGCUUCAAGAAGAAAAUGAUAAUAUACUGAAUAAGCUUCAACGCGCUGAAGAAAGACGAGAAGCAGCACAAGCAAGGGCUAGAGAACUAGAAAAACAGAUUGCUUCUCUAGGUGAAGGUGCAAAUUUUGACGUCAAGCUCUUGAAAAGGAAAGAAGCAGCAUUGCGUCAAAGAGAGGCAGCAUUAAGGGCUGCUGAACAGAAAAGAGAUGGAAGAAACAAGGAAACUGAUGCCUUUUGUGAAGAACUUCAGAGCUUGAAAGAGGAAACUGAGAAGGCCGUGGAACAGCUCCAGGACGCUCAAGCUGAAACAAAGUCUCUUCGGACAAUGAUACAUAGAACGAUUUUGACUCACGAAGAAAUGGAGGAAGUUGUUCUAAAGAGAUGCUGGCUUGCUCGCUACUGGGAACUAGCUGUUCAACACGGAAUUUAUAAGGAUAUAGCUCCAUCAAGACAUGAACAUUGGUCAGCUUUAGCUCCUCUUCCCUUUGAAGUAGUAAUUUCCGCGGCCCAAAAGCCUGAAGAUUCCUGGCAGACAGAUGGUAGCGAUCGCACUUGGAGCAAAGUCGUUAGUAAAUUCAGUGAUGCAAAUGGAGACGGGAACAUAGAGAGUAUGCUUGCUGUUGAAACGGGUUUGCGUGAGAUAGCAUCCUUGAAGGUAGAGGAUGCUAUAAUGCUUGUAUUUGCGGGGUUCAGACAAAAACAUGUGGUCCGACAAUCCAACACUGAUCCCAGGGUGCAAGGAGAGCCUAAGUUUGCUGAAGCAUUUGAGUUGAGCCACGAUGAGAAACAGGAUAUUCUCUUUAAAGAGGCAUGGCUGAUGUACUACUGGAAAAGAGCUAAAAUUCACAGCGUGGAAAGUGAUAUCGCGGAAGACCGUCUUAAGUUCUGGAUCAGCCGUAUCGCAGAACAGCCAACAUCACAUGAUGCAGUUGAUGUGGAACGAGGUAUGAGGGAGCUAAGGAAACUUGGAAUAGAACAACAAUUGUGGGAAGCAUCUCGCGCACAACUCACCGACUCCACUUUUCCUCCUUCUCUUUCAGUUUCUGACUUCUGUGAUGGUGACAACCAGUUCUAAUCUCCUCUCUGCAAAUUAUGACACACACACACACACACAGAUAUACACGAAGAUUAUCGAAAUCAAUCCCUUCCUUCCGAAACUCCGUCGUUAACAUCUCAUCACUGUUCCAGAGUGUAUAUGUUUUUUGUUUUCAGACUUAUUACUGUGGGCUUCAUGCUGUUACUUGUGUAACACUCUUCAUUAUCAUUCUUUACCCAAUAUAUAUAAAAAAAGACGGUUUGGUGCGGUUUA